AUGGCACCCAAGACUCCCGCUCAUGGAGCUGAUAGCCAGGCUCAACACGGAAACAAGACGAAGCGAAAGCCCCCCGCUCCACACUCCAACCCUCGCCAGUCCCACACUAUUGUCGCCUCGGCUGCUCAGACCACGGUGAGGACCACCAAACCGACCUCUAAGCAAGUUUCCAAUGACGGCAACAAAAGGGAGGGCAGUAUUGUACAUGACUCUCCCCUUGGCUCGCGCAUCACAGUCUCGACUAAUGAGAUGCGGGCCUGUGUGGAGCUCACUGACAGAGUCAACGCCCUUGUCAACACCGUCUUGACGCAGCAGAACGAGCUCUUGGCAACUUUGAGAAGGAUUGCAAAUGAGUGCGCCAGCGUUGAGAGUAUCACCAAGCUUGAAGAUGAGAACAGAAAUGAGACAUAUGCAAGCGACGACCGUGGGGCUGAUAACACUACGGAAGGCACCGUUGAGGAUGCCACAGAGGGGCAGUAG